AAUCCAGCGAGCGUCGAGCAAAUUUUGCGAUCCGGCUUUUCGAAUGAACCGAUAGGAACCGGUUCGAAAUGAACCAAUAGUGUCGUAGGGAGAGGACGUGUUUUCGCGGCGCUCCGAUUUAACACUACAGUGUGCUCUUCUCUAGCUGGAAGUUGUAUAGAUACUAGUAGUAGUACUACUAACAUAACUUAAUUACGUUAUUUACCGUGAAUUUCUAAAAUUUCUGUUACUUAUGCGCGAGUUUACGUUAUUUCAGGCGAUGCUAUAACUAACUAGCUGCAACAGCAUAACAUUGGAAACAAGAGUGUAUCCAUUAGUCAAGCAACAACAAACAAUUUUUCCCACCUGAAUUUACACUAAACAUUUAAGAUACUUGGCAAAAGCCUAAGGUAACACUAAUUAUUUAGUAUAUGCACUGUGUCUAUUCUUUACCUCUAACACAGGCCAACUUAGUCUCAUUUGCUGUGUUACCCGGGGCGGCCUGUUGGGAACGAAGAAAGGCAGGCAGCCAGCUAGCUAUAGUUCCUACACAGUUCCUAACAGUAACACUAGUCACCACAGGAACAGGAACAGUAUAGACAGUUUACUAUAACAGACCCAUGAUCUAGUUAAAGGUGCCGAGAAACACGCAACGAUGUCAAAACGUAGUGCAGACGACUAUCUUAAUGAUGACAGCAUUCCCAGUGCAGUAACGAAGCCUAAGCAGCCACGACGCUUCAAAGAAAAGCACUCGCUAGACAGCGACGAAGAAGAUGUUCCAGAUGACUACAAGGUGAUGGACAAAGAGGAUAUUGAAGGUGAAGAAGAUGCGACAAUCGAGGAUGAUGAGGGGAUUAAGAUCACACCUUUCAAUAUGAAGGAGGAGAUGGAGGAGGGUCACUUUGAUACAGGUGGCUACUACCACUGGAAAAAAGAUGACAAUGAUAUCCGGGAUGGUUGGGUGGAAAACAUAGACUGGGUAAAGGUGAGGCGUGAGCAACGCAAACCUACCAAGGCAGGCGGCGAUGAUAAGGAUGACAGUGACAGUUCAGACGACGUCCGCCCGCUAGACUCAAACAAGCAGGUGCAGAACUACAACGAGAUGCUGAAGGUGAUGCUGCCAGGAGAGAGUGUGAACAAGGCGCUGCGGCGGCUGGGAGGCGGCGCCAAGAACCGCGGCAAUGCCAGCGCGAGGUGGUGCAAGCAGAAGAAGGGCGAUGCGGAGAAGGAGGCGGCGGCGGCAUCUGACGUUGACAGAGAGAACCUGGAGAAGCUGACGGGCCUCGCUGAUCGCCUGCUGGUGUGGGGCGAAUACAACAUCUACCAGGCAACCUACGAGAAACUACACUACAACGUUCAGAAGAAUGAUAGAAAAUUUGACGACAAAACCGAUGACGACAUACUAGACAUGUUCGGAGAAGACGUUGAUGGCAACGAGAAAUUGUGUGAGGGAGGCAGGGAACAACGAGAGAAAGCCGGCACGUCAAAUUCUGCUGGGAAUGUGCAACCACAGGCCAGUGUUACAAGAGGGGAAGCGAGUGAACCAGACCCUGAUGGGCCAGUCGAUCCAUCCAUCACAGAUGAGGUGUGCUGGGAGUUUAAAUGGGAGGAGAGCGAUGACGCCACCAUAUAUGGUCCACACUCAAGUUCACAAAUGCUUCGGUGGACGCAGAGUGAUUACUUUCCGAAUGGCUGCUUUGUCAGAAAGCUGGGAAGCGAGGCGAAAUUCCGUUCAUCAAGUAGGAUCGACUUUGAAUUAUACACUUAAAGGGGCAGCAGAGGGCAGCACUGGGCAGUCGUCAGAC